AGCAAGCAAGUCUGCAGCAACAAACCCAAACAUAAACAGAGAUGGUGGUGGCAAUUCCAAUUCCAACCCCGUCGUCGCAGUUCCUCUUCCGUACCUCUCGCUCUUCCGUUUCCUGCCUCUCUCUUCUCCAUCUCUGUCCCCGCUCGAAACAACCGCAUUCCAGCACUUCUUUUGCUACUGUUCGCUGUAACGCUCUGCAAUCUCCGGUGAUACAGCCGGAAAUCAAGACUAAAGAUAGCAAUAAGAGGAGUCAUUUCGAGAUCGAAAACCUAACGACAUGGCUGUUGAAGCAAGAACAGGCAGGCAGCAUCGAUGCCGAGCUCACUAUAGUCCUCUCCAGCAUCUCAUUGGCCUGCAAGCAGAUCGCGUCGCUUCUUCAGCGAUCAAGCAUUAUCCAGCUCACCGGCGGGCAUGGCACCAUUAAUAUCCAAGGAGAAGAUCAGAAGAAACUCGACGUUAUCUCCAAUGAGGUGUUCUGCAAUUGUUUGAGAUCGAGCGGUAAAACAGGGAUUAUAGCGUCGGAGGAGGAAGAUGUGCCUGUUGCAGUUGAAGAAACCUACUCUGGUAAUUACAUUGUUGUGUUUGAUCCUAUCGACGGGUCUGCCAACAUCGACACAGCACUCACUACUGGAUCAAUCUUUGGCAUAUAUGGCCCUGACAGACAAUGCCUAAUCGAUAUUGAUGAUGAAUCCACGCUCGAUCAAGAAAACCAGAGGUGCAUCGUCAACGUUUGCCAGCCAGGGAGGAACUUAUUGGCGGCUGGUUAUUGCUUGUAUUCAAGCUCAGUGGUAUUCACACUUUCAAUAGGGAAAGGUGUCUAUGCCUUCACCUUGGACCCCACUUAUGGGGAAUUUGUACUAACACAUGAGAAUAUCAAGAUACCAGCAUCUGGUAAGAUAUACUCAUUCAAUGAAGGAAACUAUGAUCUGUGGGAUGAUAAGUUGAAGAACUACCUCUGCCACCUCAGGCAGCCGGGAUCCAAUGGCAAGCCCUAUUCCGGCAGAUACAUUGGCUGCUUGGUUGGUGAAAUCCAUAGAAUGCUUCUUUGUGGUGGAAUCUAUGGCAACCCCAAGAACAAGAACAGCAAAAAUGGCAACCUGAGGCUCUUAUAUGAAUGCGCACCAAUGAGCUAUCUAGUAGAACAAGCAGGUGGCAAAGCAAUAGAUGGUCAACAGAGAAUACUUGAUAUUCAACCAGUAGAGAUACAUCAGCGCACCCCAAUUUUCAUCGGAAGCCAAGAUGAAGUGGAGAAACUCCAAGGUUACCUGGCCUGAAAAUAAUCUUGUCCUAUCUAAUAUUUGCUUGAGCAGUGCAAGUCAUGACAUUCAAAUGAAGAAUCUCUUCGGAAAUUUCUACAAGUCACAAAGAAUUUGGCUAGUGUUGAACAAUUACUGUGGUUAGACAUCGUCUUCAAUACUUGCUGUACUGGAACUAAGUCAUCUCAACGGUAAGGUGAUCAGCUUCUCUC